UUUCUUUUUUUUUUUUUUUUUUUUUGUUUUUAUCUGAUAAGUUUUAGUACCAAUUGGAUUUGGCACUAAGGAAAUGGAAGUUGUUAUAUUAGUAGAUGUUUUGCGUCAUGCUGGUGCAGAGGUGACUUUGGCUUUUGUGGAGCCACAGCCAGAGGUUGAAGCAUCAUCUAGCACUAUAUUGGUAGUGGAUGCCUCCGAAUGCUCAUGUUCUAAUCAGGUUUUUGAUCUGGUGGCAUUGCCGAAGCAAAGAGGAGGAAUGCCUGGAUCAGCACAAUUAAGAGAUUGUGAAACCCUUAAGAAAAUUACAUGCAAACAUGCUGAGGAAAAGAGACUGUAUGGAGCUAUAUCUGCUUCCCCAGCUGUCACUCUAUUGCCAUGGGGACUCUUAAGGAAAAAAACAGUUGUUCACUUGAAGGCAACAUGCCACCCUGCAUUCAUGGACAAGCUUCCAACCUUUUGGACUGUCAAAUCAAACAUUCAAGUUUCAGGAGAGCUUACAACAAGCCAUGGUCCAGGAACUUCUUUCAAAUUUGCUCUGUCCUUAGUUGAACAGCUGUUUGGGGAGUCUGUUGCCAAAGGGAUAGCAGAAUCCUUGCUCUUGCAUGCUGCCGUAGAUAAUCCUAUGAAUGGAAUAAUUCAACAAAGUUGAGUGGUCUGUUGACCACACUCCUUAUGUGGGUAAUCACUAGUUUCUUUAGUUGCCUGCGUAAUUGGAUAUAUCUUUAGUAUUUGUUCUACAUAUUCAGAGCCAUGCCAUCUAUGAACUAAAUCAUUAAAUUGACU